UAAAGAUGUCAGAGCUUCAGCAGCCAGCGCCACCACCAAUAAUUCGGCUUUCCACACGAUCGGAGGCUUCAUAGCUCGCUUCAUGUGUUAUGUUGUCUCGCUUGCGGUUCCUACGUGAUUUACGAAGUCAAUUAAAUCCACUUGGUUGGCCAUAAACGUAAUAUCUCCUAUAUCAUACUACUCUUGCUCUGGUCAAAUUCGCUAUAAACAAUAUACACUUUCACUCCAACUCGAGUCAGUCCCCGUACUUCAUUCUUCUUAAUUUACAUCACCCACAAAAUGGACGUUCCAGAGGCUGCCGUCUACCCUGUCCUAAAAGGCAAGGUUGCGAUCAUAACCGGCGGUUCACAAGGCAUGGGAAAGGCUACAGCAUCAGUCUUUCUACGAGCUGGUGCUCAAGUGGUCAUUGCCGAUGUGAAAGAACUCGAGGGCCGAGCAACUGAGAAAGAGUUGUCGCAGUUUGGGGAGAUAAUAUCUGUGCGAUGCGACAUUGCCAAGUCGGCGGACGUUCAAAAUCUCAUCGCGGCAACGGUCAAGAAAUUCGGCAAGCUCGAUGUAGCUGUUAACAACGCUGCUCUCACGCCGGACAAGACACAACUUAUCAAUUUUGAUGAGGACUACUGGAAUACUCUCGUGGGAAUCAACCUCACUGGAACAGCACUAUGUUGCAAGUAUGAAAUGCAACAGAUGGCGAAACAGGGCACUAAAGGCUCUAUCGUCAAUAUUGCAUCUAUCAACGCUUUUAGGCCACAACCAAACAUGCCUGCUUAUACAGCAACGAAACACGCUAUCAUUGGUUUGACUAAACAUGCCUCUGUAGAGGGAGGGCCAAAGGGGAUCCGAGUGAAUGCAGUUGCACCGGGUGCUAUCUUUAGUGAUAUGUCAGCCGCAGCAUUGGAGAUUAUGGGAACUACCAUGGAAGAGUUUGCCCCAACCGUCAGCAACUUGCAUCGUUUCGGAAUGGCUCAUGAAGUCGCACAAGCCUCGUUGUGGCUCUCGUCAGAUAAUUCCUCAUAUGUCACCGGUGUUUGUUUGCCCGUAGAUGGAGGAUAUUUAGCAAAGUAACCUAGGACAUUGGUUGCUUGUAUCAACUGGAAGAAUAGAAAAUGUUCACAGGGGAAUCUUCACUUGCCAAAACUACUCGCAUUCUCUUGAUUAUGACAUUGCUCAGUACCUUGCUUGACCCCGUAAACUUUUACUGGCUUGCAAUCGAUUAUCAAUUGUCCAUCUCAUCAUCAUCUGACGUCUUGCCACGGUUUGUGGUAGCGUGCCGUAUGACAACCUAGAGAGAUCUCAACUCAAAUAUUGAAAUUCAUGUGGCUGAAAAGCUGAGCACAUAAACCCACUCUUCCAGAACACAAGAAAAAGGAAAAAAGCUGGGG